AUGGCUGCGCACUUGCGGGAGUUCUACGCAGUCACCGGCUUCCCGCAGGCUCUGGGCGCCUUGGACGGCUGCCACUUCGCAGUAUCUCCGCCCAAUAAGAACGCUGUCGACUAUCACAGCUACAAGGGGUGGUUUCGAUACAUCAAUGUGGGAAGCCCAGGCAGGUACCACGAUGCUCAUGUGUACGCUCGUUCCAGAUUUCGCGAAUUGGUGGAUAGUAACUCUUUCCUGCUGCCCGCAUCAGUCAUUGAGGUAGUUCCUGUCCCACCAAUAAUUCUGUGCGAUCAGGCAUUUCCCCUGACACCAAACCCGAUGAAGCCAUACCCAACUGCAGUAGCUGAAACACCCGAGGCACUUUUCAACUAUAAUUUGUCAAAAUCCUGGAGGAUCGUGGAGAAUGCCUUCGGAAGAGUAAAAGCUCGUUUCAGGCUCAUCAUGAAAAGGCUAGAGUGUACCCUGCCAAAUGCCAAACAAGCUAUCAGGGCCGCAUGCAUACUGCACAACAUAUGUGAGGACCUGAGAGACAACAUCGAAAACCAGUGGGAGCAAGACUUGCAUCAGCAUGACAUCAGCAUGGGGGGGGGGUGUCUCGUCAUGGAGGUGAAGAAGUGA